CUUUCGUUCACUCGCGGUUAUUAGUCGGCCGCGCGCGCUCCGGCAAGCAUGUGUCUCGCGUGACGCGCUCCACUACUUCCGCGCGGCACGUUCGAUUUCGUUGGCAAGUCGAUCGUGGAAUGGCACCACGACGGCAAGGCGCCACCGGCGAGCGCGAGGCGGAGGAGGCUCGCGGGUGCUGCGUCCCUGGCGAGUGCCUUCGCCCUCGGGAACCCGUGCGUAUCGAAGAUGCCGUGCGCGUGCUUUGCAACAAUGACACGUGCGCUGCCGGCCGGUACAUGCACCGAGAGUGCUUCGAGCAAUGGGAAGCAGGAGUUCUCGCUUAUCUCAAAUCAUGUGGUCGAGCUCGCUCCUGGUCUGAACGCCAGAGACAUCAGAACCUAUGGACCAAGAAAGGCUACGAUCUGGCGUUCAAGGCUUGCGGCUGCCGAUGCGGCAGAGGGCAUUUGAAGAAAGAUCUAGACUGGGCACCUCCGGGCGCUGCGAUACGAGCUGAGGAGGAGAAGAAGCGUCGCCGGCGCACGCGAUCAGGCCGAACGCCAGCAGCUCCGGACGGCCGUACGCGCGCCUUUAGCCUAUCCAGUUCUGGUUCAUGCUCGCCGCCUUCAGCGCCUUCCGAGCCCUCAGCUAGUCCCACUCACGCUCCGACGCACGCCGUCAUGCCUGCUAAGAAGAUAUCCAAAACUGAAAUUGUUUCUGACAGGAUCAGAGCCGGGGCUGGCGCUAACGGCAUUUUCUCUCGAAGACUGGACUUUUCUACUUUCAACCUUCUACCGAAGCACAAAGUCAACUCAUAUCAAAUCAAGAUCGAAGAUGAGGGUAACCAUGGCAACGAUGACACGCGGCUGUUCAUCCUGUCGACGUUGGCGGGUCAGCACAAGCCGAGGGUAACCUGCGCUCUGUGCAAAGAGACUCUGCACGUUUUCGACCGGUAUCCGCUUGUGGACGGCACUUUCUUCCUAAGCCCGCGACAACAUACCAGCGGCGCUGUCGAGGUAAAAGUGGAAGGUCGCACGCAGUACCUGACGUGUGUGUGCAUGGGCUGCCUGGAGCGAUGCGACCCCGAGCGCACCAUCCGCUGCCGGUUCUGUGGACAGAAGUGGGAUGGCUCCUCUCUCGUACUGGGCACCAUGUACUCUUAUGACAUCUUCAUGGCCACGCCCUGCUGCGCUGAGAGACUGAAGUGCAACAACUGCUUCAAGGCACUGCUUCACCCCCAGCAGCGGCUAAACUACUCGGACUACUCACACCCCAUGGCGUGCCCGCAUUGCCGCGUGCUUGACACCCACUUCGUGAAGCCGCUGAGCUAUUGUUUCACAAAGAGGGCCUUCCCGCUGUUCCAGCAGUGGCCAUAACAGUCGGCGGUGCCGGGAGGCUCUCCCGGCACCCCCCCUUCUUCUGACUCGUGGGGCCUGGCUCCGUCGCCACCGCGACGCGCCUCCCCCCCAGCGCUGCGUCCCGUCGUCAACACUAGCAUGGCACCCCGUGUGCUUGAACCACUUACCGAUGAACCACAAACACCCAAGUACGUUUCUCCAACCCUUGCGAGCAUAACUGAGUCGUUAUCUCUGCUCGGAGUGAGCCCCGAGACGCUGGCUAUCAGCCUGGGCGAGACGCUGGCCGAGCGCUACCUGGCGUCGCUACGCAACAAGCCGGUGGAGCGGGCGGCGGAGCGCACGGUGGAGCGGCCCAUGGAGCGACUGGGCGGGUGCGGCAUCCCGCGCCGCACGCCCAGCCUGGCCGAGCCCUCGCUGCAGCUGUUCUCCAACGACUUCAUCGACAUCUUGAACCAGAUCGCAUAAGCUCGUGGAGUGUACGUGACGGCUAUGACGCGGCGACUAUUGGACUUAUCUGUGUUGCAAUGUUUGUUUCUUGGACUUUACUGCGUCCGGUGACUCCGAAGACGCUAGAAAUAAUUUCUGUUAAAUUAAGUUGGUAUUAUUGAAAAUAAUUUUAUGUGUCAGUUUAGAUCGUACUAUUGAUUUUAUUUUAAUUUUAUUCUGCACUUUGUUGAUUAGGAGUUGAUUUUAUCAAAAAUAAUAAUUAGCGAUAGAGUGAUGCCAGAAAUUGCAUUUUUUGUUUCGGAUCAAUCUUAAAUUGGAGAACUUGAUUUCCUUUUGAAGGAGUAAAGGCGUGAGUUUUUUUAAAUUAUUGAUUACCUUGUAUUUCAGUGAUACUGAUGACCCUAUCUGAUAGGGGCGUUUGAGUGGAGUGUUGUUUAGUUCAAUUUAGUUUAUUAGUUAUGUUUUAUUUUAGCAAAAUUUUAAACCUAACUUAAGUGUUAUACAAUAUUUUCGUAGGUUUAUUGUGAACUUUUAUUUCCUCCCACCAGAUGGCACUUUAUAGUGUAAGGGAAGUCUACUUCUACUAAAGAUGCCAUGUUAGGUUAUCGUCUUUAAUAUCAGUUCAUUUACUUAUUAUUAUAUUUUCACAUACAUACCUUAUUUAAACAGUAUAAUGGUAGAGGAUUAUAAUUGUAAGUACCUAAUUGCUGUGUCACCAAUAAUAUGAUUAGCCUGUCUAUAACUAUUAUCUAUACUCUAGGGAUAUGUAAUGUCGAAUUGUUGUUUUACUUAUCUUUUCAAAUAUUUAUGUCUCAAUGAUUAACGGACUGCAUGAAGAUUUAUGAAAAAAAAUAAGCAAAUAUAAACUUUUUGGAAUAGUGCCAUAUCAGUUGAGAAAAGGUGGAAUACUCCUUUUGAAAUAAUAAAAAAAAAUAUUUAAAAAAUGAAUGCCGCUAAUCAUUGAGAAAGUGCGUUUAAUUUUUAAAAAAAGAAAUGAAAUUUUUAUACUAUCGACUACGUUUUGGCUAUCUCUGAAUAGAUUUAGUUAAGGGUUUUUUCUUAUAAUGGAUGUCUAUAUAAUAUGAUAUGUAAGUGAAUAGCGCUUCGACAUAUACUAAGCGUAUAUAAGUGAUGUGCGGAUUUUUACUCAGUAAUUACUGUUAACUUUUAGAUAAGGUUUUAUACAUUUGAU